CCCCGACGAGCAGCAUGGCGGCCGUGGAGACGCGCGUGUGCGAGACGGACGGCUGCAGCCGCGAGGCCAAGCUCCAGUGUCCCACCUGCAUCAAGCUGGGCAUCCAGGGCUCGUACUUCUGCUCGCAGGAAUGCUUUAAAGGAAGCUGGGCCACUCACAAGCUGCUGCAUAAGAAAGCAAAAGAUGAAAAGGCGAGGCGUGAAGUGUCGUUCUGGACGGUGGAAGGCGACGUCAACACUGACCCGUGGGCCGGCUACCGCUACACGGGGAGGCUCCGGCCCCACUACCCGCUGAUGCCAACCAGGCCGGUGCCAAGCUACAUUCAGAGGCCAGACUACGCUGACCACCCGCUAGGAAUGUCUGAAUCUGAACAGGCUCUUAAAGGUACUUCUCAAAUUAAAUUGCUCUCCGCGGAAGACAUAGAAGGCAUGAGGCUGGUGUGCAGGCUGGCCAGGGAGGUGCUGGACAUCGCAGCCGGGAUGAUCCAGCCGGGCAUCUCCACCGAGGAGAUCGACCACGCCGUCCACUUGGCGUGCAUUGCCAGGAACUGCUACCCGUCUCCGCUGAACUAUUAUAACUUCCCAAAGUCCUGCUGCACGUCCGUGAACGAGGUCAUCUGCCACGGGAUCCCAGACCGGCGGCCCCUGCAGGAGGGCGACAUCGUGAACGUGGACAUCACCCUCUAUCGCAGCGGCUACCAUGGCGACCUGAACGAGACCUUCUUUGUUGGAGACGUGGACGAGGGGGCCCGGAGACUGGUGCAGACCACCUAUGAGUGCCUGAUGCAAGCCAUCGACGCAGUGAAGCCUGGUGUUCGAUACAGAGAGCUGGGAAACAUAAUCCAGAAGCACGCCCAAGCAAACGGGUUUUCAGUCGUUCGGAGCUACUGUGGGCACGGGAUCCACAAGCUCUUCCACACGGCCCCCAACGUGCCUCACUACGCCAAGAACAAAGCAGUCGGUGUGAUGAAGGCGGGCCACGUGUUCACCAUCGAGCCGAUGAUCUGCGAAGGAGGCUGGCAGGACGAGACCUGGCCGGACGGCUGGACGGCGGUGACCAGGGACGGCAAGCGCUCGGCCCAGUUUGAGCACACACUGCUGGUCACAGACACCGGUUGCGAGGUCCUGACACGGCGGCUGGACAGCGCGCGGCCCCACUUCAUGUCCCAGUGCUGACGCCGGCGCCCGGCGCCUCCGCUGUCUGUGCAUCUGCACCGAGCACAGGGUGGAGGAGGAGACGUCUGUUUCGGGCUGGCUUGGGCUGUUGGUAAGGAGGGACCACAGCGUGUGUCCUCCAGAACACGUCUCGGGUCUGGAAAAGCCGAGAAGGAUCAAGCAAUCGUUUCUCACCUUUCCGUGCUCCCCUCUCCCCGCAAAUCUCCUCAGUUUCUCCUUUGGCCCUUGAGCACUUUUACUUAAGCCGCCUCUGGCUGCUGUUAUCACUGCCACGCGGCCUGGGGGCCGCAGCCUGCCAGGCGGAGGCUGCACAGGAGGGUCCUUGAAACUUGGGCAACGUGAGUUGCCGCAGAUCUUUUUUUAUGGUGUGGAUGGAAAUGUAGACGGACACAUUUUUAAACUCCGUGUGUGUGAUUCGCGAGUGCUCUCUGGCCUGAGUCGUGACCGUGCUCCGGCGUGUCCACCGCGCCCGCGACUAGGCUGUCAUUCUGCAGCGAUUUGUCCCCAUUUGGGAGGUGCCCCCUGCCCCCGGCCCCACCUUCAGUAUCUGCCCUGUGAUUUGUGUGGGGGCACGCUCGGUCUACCAGGUGUUCCCUCCGGUAUGAGCUCUGCGAAAGGAUCUGGCAAAAUUCACUUUGGAAAAGGUUAUCAGGAUUUUAAAGUCACUUAACUUUUUGUGAGAACAGCAGCCACACUCCAAGCGGAAGCAGCUGUGGUCGGGCCUGAGGCUGCGGUGUGCUUGGCCUUUCAGACUUUCUGGCGGAAACGGGAGGACCCAGCCCUCUUUGUUCCCUCUGUUUGAGUUCAAGGGCUUACGUGGCAGAUGGAUGGACCAGGGUGGACUUUGCACUGUGGAGGGUGCUGGGGAGGGCCCUUGCUGAAGUUUCUCCAGCAGUGGGGCGGCAGCGGCCACGCUGAUGAGACAGGAGAGUCUUUGCGGGGGGGUGUACACAGCUGAGCACCGCACCGAGUGACCCUGGCUGCCAAUGUCCUCCCGUCAGUUAGCGCAGUCCCUGUGGGCGUGUGUUGGGGAGGACAUCAGCCUGCCCCCGGGCUGUCCUGUCCUGGUUCCCGGGAAUCUGGGGACCCUUGUAACGUGAUUGGAUACAUGGACAUGUGCUUGUAGAAUAUCUUUCCCAGAGUGCCUCAGACCUCUUGCUUUCAAAGAAUUAUAAUGUUUUCAUUACUUUUAUUAUUUUAAUGAUUUAGUAAGGUGACCGAAUCUGGUAUAGACUUUUUGGGGGGUAUGUGAGUGAAGUUUUUAUCAAACUGUAAUAUUUGUGAAUGGAAUGCCUUGCAAUAUGAAUGUUAAUAUAAUGUGUAAAGGGAGAUUAAAGAACUUGAACGAUUACCCCUCCAUGUAGUCAUCAACUUUGCCGCAGUUGUUUGGGAUUUCAUAGGGAAGUGGUGGGAAGGGAUGGCUGAUUCCAUAAUCUUAAAUAAAUGGCCAUUGGAGCAACGUUUUCACGUUUAAUGUGUAUCCGUGAAUUCCAGUGCUGAGUUUGCUCUGCCAGCAGCAUUGGUGACACCACCGUAUUUUUGGAGAGCUUUUAAGACAGAGAAUGCUGAAUAUUUAGGGAGCAUUUUAUCUCCUGAUAGUGGAAUUAACAGUAUGGGCUUAUUUAGUAUCUGAUUAGAAAAUUAAGCUCAAGAAAAAAGAUCUCUGGGAGUUUUUAUUAAAAGACGUGCCAGCACACCAGCCAUAGUGCUGCCCUCCACGCGGGAGAUUUUAAAGCAAACUGGGUACAUGUCUAAUUGUAUGUAAGUCAGUACAAAUGUUUACUAGAUGUAGAUGAGAAAAUACCUACCUUCGUCAUCCUACUAACUUUUCAAAAGAAGUCAUCCUAUUAAACUUAUUUUUUGC